AUGCUUAGACUCACUGGUCGACUCGUUUCGAAAAAUACAUUUGCUCGCAUUGGACAAAAUGCCUCAACAUCUCGUAUGUUAUCAACUGGUUUGAUGAGCACCAAGAGAUUUCAACCCUUGAGCGUCAUUGCACAAAGAGCCGCAAAGAACAACAGUACUCGCAUGUUGGGAAAUGUCACCAUCAUGAAUCAAAUUGGUAUUCGCCACUUGAGCACAGAGGAGAAGACAGAGGCUGUUGUGGAUACAGCCAGCAAUGUCAGUGAUUCAGCCAAGGAUUUGAUCCAACAAGCAGCCCAGACGAGUUCACCUGAUGCACUUGUCAAUGCCACUUCACAGAUUGGAGAAUUCAAAGCACUUGGCUUAUGUAACUUUACACCAGUAGGAGGAUUGGAGGCCAUGUUUGAGUAUAUUCAUGUGUACAGUGGAUUGCCAUGGUGGGGAACUAUUGCUGUAGCCACUAUCGCCGUCCGUGUUGCACUUUUGCCCUUGAUGAUCAAGAUCCAACGAAACAAUGCUAGAUUAAUGAAUAUCAACCCAGAUGUCAACCGUAUCAUGGAAAACUUAAAGGCAGCACAAGCAGAGGGUGAUUCUUUGGCCACCGGCAAAUAUACACAAGAGAUUCAAACAUUGUUCAAAAAGAAUGAUUGCCAUCCUAUGAAGUCCAUGGGUCUUCCUUUGAUUCAAAUGCCCGUGAUGAUUUCUUUCUUCAUGGCCAUUCGUGCCAUGGCUGAAAUGCCCGUUCCUGGAUUGCAAGAUCAAGGUCUUUUCUGGUUUACUGAUUUAGCAGCCAAGGAUCCUUAUUAUGUAUUACCCGUGGUCAGUGCAGCUGGUGUCAUGGCCGUUUUGGAGGCUGGCACCGAAGCAGGUGCUGCUAAUCCCCAAAGCAAAGGUAUGAAGAAUGUUUUCCGUGCACUUACCCUUGUCAUGGUGCCAUUCACUGCUUGGAUGCCUAGUGGUGUGUUUGUGUAUUGGAUCACUUCCAACUUCUUCUCCAUUGGUCAAAUUUUGGCUUUGAAGAAUCCAGCAGUACGUAGCGCAUUGAGUAUCCCUAAACUCAAAAAGAAGCCCGAGGAACUUCAAAAGAACACAAAGGGGUUCAUGGAAAACUUCAAGGAUCAACAAAAGCAUCAUGACAAGUUGGAAAAGGAACGUGCUAUUCGUGAAAGACAACAAGCUGCUGCUGCUGCAAGAAGAGCUGCUAAGCGUAGAUUCUAA